AAGCCAAGGAUGUUUAAGACAUUACUCAGAGUUCUUGGAAAAGAAAUGCAAAUAUGUUUAUUUACAUCUCCUUGCCCCAGUACCUCCCUGAAAAAUAAAGGGGGGGCAAUGAAGAUUAAAGGAAAUCAAAACCAAACCCCACCAGUUCUGUGGGCACUGGUCCAGACGGGUGUGCCUCCCUGCCCCAGGCCCCUGGGAGCCGAGCGCCUCCUCCGUCUCCUGGGACCACUGCCAGUGGGGACAUGGCGACAGAGCGGGGGGAACUUCCCCAAGCCCCCGCACCCCGCGAGUCACCCUGCAGCUGGAACACUUGACCUCCAGCGCCUCAGCCCCUCAGCCCUGGGAGCGUCCCCCACUCAGUCUCCUCGGAGCUAAUGCCAGCAGCCUUGGCGGGCUUCCCGGUGGUGGCCGGCUGCCACCAUGAGGACACAUCCCCAAGAGGGCAGAGGACGGGAAACAGUAGUGAGUCAGAGGAAGUCCCCAGCACGGGGGCCGCGGGGAGCCCGGCACUGCCUGGUACCCACCGGGCGCCAGACUCCAAGUUCCACGCCGGCCACGCCAAGAUGGACGCCAUCAAGAAAGGACAUGCCAAGGACAGCCAGCGCUACAAGGCCGACUAUGAGGCCCAGAGCACGGACGCCCAGAACUUCUCCUCCGAGUCCAAGCGGGAGACGGAAUACGUGAGAGCCGGUCCCUUGUCCCCCCCUCGUGGCAUCCACAUCCCCAACUGCGACAAGAGGGGCUUCUACAAGAGGAAGCAGUGUCGCCCUUCCAAAGGCAGGAAGCGGGGCUUCUGCUGGUGCGUGGACAAGUACGGGCAGCCGCUCCCGGGCUCCGACGCCAGCGGCAGAGGCGCCGCGCAGUGCUACGGCGCCGAGGACAACUAGCCGCCGCUUUGUGGGGAGCCCCAGUACACCGGUUUUGCACAAAAGACUGCCAAGGACGUGAUCAGCAGCUGGCUUCAGCCUCGAUUAAUAUUUCCUUUUGUGGUGAACUGAUUUUUUAAAAAACCAAAGUUUGGAAAGAGAUGUGUGAAUGCCCGAUUCUCUGAAACGGUAAACUCCAGCGUCUUGUCACUUUCCAGUGGUCACUGAAACAGCAUCGUUUUUCUCGUUGCUUCCCUUAAAACUGCCUGUAAAUGCAGGAGCAGCCGCUGGCCUCACGCCGC